UUCUCGUGCAUUCUUCAUCUUAAAGUUCACAUUGCUCAUCUCUCUGCAUGUGAACCCUGCCUCUCUCUCAAACUUUAAUAAACUCUCUCUCUCUGAUUUUGUUUCUUGAAAUGAUGCCCCCUGAGCAUGAGAGUAGUAGUAGUAUCCGUGGCAGUCCAGUUGGUAUUCUAGUCACCAACCGCAUAGAAAACACUUCAAUUCAUGCUGAGCCACCAAUUUCAGCUAGUAACAACGUUAGUCCUUGUUUGGAUGAAGAAAAUCCAAUAAUGCUCGAUCAGCAUCAACAAUCCUCUCAAGCCCGUUUCUCCGUCCUCUGCAAAUCGCUACGCCCCGUCACACUAAAGUUUGAAGAUGUUGCAUACACUGUGAAGUUGCAAACCAACAAAGGCUCUUGCUUUUCAUCCUCUGAACCCAAGCCGACUCGAAGGGUCCUCAACGGUGUCAGUGGCAUAGUUCGACCCGGGGAGCUACUAGCAAUGCUCGGUCCCUCAGGGAGCGGUAAAACUACCCUUCUGACCGCACUCGGAGGCAGGCUGCCAGGGAAAGUCUCGGGCACGAUAACAUACAACGGGCAGCCUUUCUCUAGCUCCAUUAAGCGAAAGACCGGUUUCGUGUCACAAGACGACGUGUUGUAUCCUCACUUAACGGUGCUUGAAACUCUGACUUUUGCAGCUUUACUUAAACUUCCAAAUAAGCUCACUACAGAAGAGAAGAUUGAGCAAGUCGAGUUAGUUAUCGUGGAAUUGGGUUUGACAAGGUGUCGAAACAACGUUGUCGGUGGUCCUCUCUUUCGUGGCGUGUCAGGUGGAGAGAGGAAAAGGGUUUGUAUAGGGCAGGAGAUGUUGGUGAACCCUAGUUUGUUGUUGCUUGAUGAACCUACUUCUGGGCUCGACUCGACUACUGCUCAACGUAUCCUGGGGACACUGAGAGGAUUGGCUAGAGGAGGAAGAACGGUGAUUACAACGAUUCAUCAACCUUCGAGUAGGCUUUAUAGGAUGUUUGAUAAGGUGGUGGUGUUGUCCGAUGGGUAUCCGAUUUACAGUGGAAGUGCUGGUAGGGUUAUGGAGUAUUUCGGAUCCAUUGGGUUCGUUCCCGGGUUUAAUUUUGUGAACCCUGCUGAUUUUCUGCUUGAUCUUGCUAAUGGUGUGACUCCAGAUGCAAAACAGGAUGAUCAACAAGAGUUCCAUGGCAGAGCAGACCACCGUGAUGAUCAAAACUCUAUCAAACAGCCCUUAAUAUCUUCCUACAGGAAGAACCUGUACCCUGCCUUGAAGGACGAGAUUCGUCGAAGCUGUGGGACCCCAGUUCGAUCGUCAAGAUCAAGCACUGAAAAUCAAUGGACAACUGGUUGGUGGAUGCAAUUCAAGGUAUUGCUGAGGAGGGGACUAAAAGAAAGAAAGCAUGAGUCCUAUUCUGGUUUAAGAAUUUUUCAAGUCAUGACUGUCUCUAUUCUUUCUGGCCUUUUAUGGUGGCAUUCUGAUACGUCGCACAUUCAAGAUCAGGUGGGACUUCUCUUCUUCUUCUCAAUCUUCUGGGGAUUCUUCCCUCUCUUCAAUGCCAUAUUCGCCUUCCCGCAAGAGCGGCCAAUGCUAAUAAAAGAACGUUCAUCGGGCAUGUACCGCCUCUCCUCCUACUAUUUUGCCCGAAUGGUGGGUGACUUACCGAUGGAGCUCGUACUCCCAACCAUCUUUGUUACCAUCACGUAUUGGAUGGGAGGUCUCAAGCCAUCACUCAUCACAUUCAUACUAACCCUCUUGAUCAUCCUUUUCAAUGUGCUAGUCUCUCAGGGGCUCGGACUAGCCCUCGGUGCCAUCCUAAUGGAAGUGAAACAAGCCACGACAUUGGCUUCCGUGACAAUGCUCGUGUUUUUAUUAGCCGGUGGAUACUACAUUCAGCACAUACCAGCUUUCAUAGCGUGGUUGAAAUACAUUUCGUUUAGUCACUAUUGUUACAAGCUUUUGGUGGGUGUUCAGUACUCGGAGACCGAAGUUUAUGAGUGUGAAUUAGGGGCUCACUGCAAGGUUAUAGAUUUUCCAGCAAUUGAGUAUUUGGGUAUUGAUAAUAAGGGUUGGGAUGUGUUUGCUUUGGCUGUUAUGUUAGUUGGGUAUAGGCUUUUGGCUUAUGUAGCGUUGAGGUUGGGGCAACCUCACUGAUUAGAGACAGAAAUGUUAAGAUGUUCCAAAAAAUUUGAUCAAAAUGUCCCUGAUGAAGAGCCUGAUUUGACUUUUUUUAGUUGUAAAGUAGAUUCAUAUUGUAUGUUGACAUGUUUUAGCAAUUUUACUUGGAAGUAGUACCAUGCAUGAUUAUUUGUGA